UUGUAGAUGGGUAGCAGUUCUUCCACUCCGGUCCUGUCGACGGAAUCGCAGGAAGUAAAAGCUGAGGUUGCUAAACAUCCAGUUGUGGUAUAUACAAAGAAUUACUGCCCUUAUUGUACCAAGGCGAAAAAUGAAUUGAAGCAGGAUGGUGUGACAUAUGUAGAAAAGGAUCUUAGCGAUGCUAGUCAGAAUGCUCAUACGAAGGGGUUGAUGGAGUUGACACAUUGCAAGACAGUUCCUCAGAUUUUUGUUUGCGGAAAAUUUAUUGGAGGCUAUGCGGAAAUGCAUGCUCGUAGAAAGGACUUGCUUGGCAUGAUCAAGGAGUGCUCCACUGACGGAAGGAUUGUUGAUAGAACACUCUCAGACUCGGAAAAGUCUAAAAUCUAAAAUCCUUUUGAGGACUACGUAGGUACACUUACACCUCAUUGUAUCAAUAUGAUAAAGUUCAUCUAAUGUCUUUCGUUUGAUGUAUUUAUAAAUUCUAAAGAC